AUGCUGUUCUCGGACAGCCGUGCCGCUGCCAUAUACUGGGGUCCCAAACGCAUCGCAAUCUAUAACGAGCAUCUUCCGUCACUUAUCGGAGCCCUUGAUCCCACCAUGAUGACGAGCUCAAUUGGACAAGUAAUGCCAAGCCUCUGGGAUCUUUUUGGUCAGCUUUUUCUUACUAUUGAAAAGGAACAACAUGGCUUUGCUCGAAAAGGACUAGAACUUUCAUUCAUGCGGAAUGGCUUUCUGGAAGAGACGUGGUGGGAUGGUGGGCUCGUUUCACUCAAGGACGAUGACGGUAACCAUGGAGGUGUCUACUUCUCCUGGGUAGAGGUCACACGCACAAAAUUGCGUGACCGAAGGACAUCCUUGAUCAACAGACUUGGUCACUCGCAAGUCGUGAGCACCAAACUCAUCUGGCAACACAUCUACGAAGUGUUUCAAGAAUAUCCGCUCGACAUUCCGAUGGCUAUCAUGUACAGCACCCAAGAAGGAAGUGCAAAAGACGGACUUCUUCGCCUGGAACACACCAUAGGCAUUGGUGCAAAAUACGCCGCUGCCCCGAACUAUCUAGAUCUCGAAUCCACCGGCACUGACGCUUUGCUAGCUCCACUUCUCCGCCGUGCUAUGAGUUCAGCUGAAGGUAUUCUAGUCGUUGACUCAGUUGAAGAAGAGGUAGAUCAAGCACUGUUUACCAACGUCGAUUGGCUCGGAUUUGGUGAGCCAAGCCGAUACCUCGUUGUCAUCACAUUGCGCGCCCGCGGAGUUGACAAAGGGCACAUCAUUCUUGGCUUAAACCCCCGGCGAGACUAUGAUACAGACCACAAGCAGUUCGUCACCGACAUAGCACGUCAUCUACGCGAGAUCGCUACGAGGGUCACAGCAGAGGAAGAGCUUCAGAUGCGCGAAGACCAACUGCUUAUCAAGUUGGGUGAAACCGAAAGACGCUUGAGCAGAUUUGCCGAGAUAGCACCCGUCGGUAUCUACGACUUCGCGCCUACGGGACAGGUUGUCUGGGCAAAUAGUCACUUCUACGACAUUUUGGGCGUACCGGAAGAGCACCGUGGUCUUUCUUUCGUCUGGAAAGACUACAUACUUCCGGAGGAUCACGAAUUCAGCGACAAAGAGAUGAUAAGAAGCCUGAUAGAUGGGGUGGAGAUUUCCGGUCUCGCUCACCCGCCAACGGACGUACCAUUCUGGGUCUUGCACACUGCUUCUCCAGAUGUCGGAGCAGAUGGUAUGGUACAAUCGCUCAAAGGUUCCCUGACAGACAUAUCGCAUCUGAAGUGGAUCGAACAUCUCCAUGUACACAAUGCCGAGGUUGCGCUCAGGGACAAAAAGAGGCAGGAAGAGUUCAUCGAUAUCACAUCGCAUGAGAUGCGUAACCCUCUAUCCGCCAUCACUCAAUGUGCUGAUAGCGUGAUAUUAUCGUAUGAAGACGCCAAGUUGACGAUGGACAACCAGUCGUUUAUCGAGAUCAUCAAGCUCAACGCGGAAGCGGCCGAGUCGAUACUGCUUUGCGCAGCCCAUCAACGCCGCAUCAUCGACGACAUCCUGACGCUUGGCAAGCUUGAUUCAGAGCUUUUGACCAUUUGUCCACUAGCAUUUUAUCCAUUCGACUUGCUGGACCACGCUGCGCAGAUGUUCAAAACUGAAUUCGAAGUUCAAGACAUCGACGCCAAAAGAUCUGUAGACGAAACGUCGCCUCUGACUGUCACAUCGACAGUCCUUGGCGACUCUUCGAGGCUGAUGCAAAUUCUGGUGAACUUGCUUACGAACGCCAUCAAGUUCACGAAGACCCGAAGAACAAGAAGCAUCAUGAUGAGGUUUGGCUCAAGUCCACAGCCUCCAUCAGCUGACUUAUUUGGCCUGGGCUUUGCGUGGCAUUCUACAGGGAUAGCACGACCCGACAUGACGCAAGAAACAGACUAUGGGCAAGGUGAAGAAGUCUAUCUUUACUUUGCUAUUGUAGACAGCGGUUCAGGUGUACCAGCGGACUCCCAAAGCAAAGUGUUCGCCAAGUUCGAGCAAGCAGAACGUAGAACGCAUACAAAAUACGGUGGCUCAGGUCUUGGCCUGUACAUUUCUCGAGAGCUGGCAGAGCUACAAGGUGGCCAAAUCGAAGGCAGUGAAGACCGGAUCGGCAUCUUCAACAAACACGGUCGCAUCGACUGCGAAAACGCACCCAAGGCCACAACUGCCUACAUUCUCCUCGUCGAAGACAAUCUCCUCAACCAAAAGGUCCUCGCCAAGCAACUCACAAGAUCCGGCUGCACGGUACAUGUCUGCAGCAAUGGCGGCGAAGCCAUUGAUACCAUCCUCACCUUACACAACGAGCCCAUUGAAUUCGACACCCCGCCUUCCAUACAAGGAGCAGCGGCACAUUUCGACUGUAUAUUGAUGGAUUGGGAAAUGCCGAUUUGCGACGGACUCCGCGCGACAAAACGAAUUCGAGAGAUAGAGAAGCAGCUGGCGUGCACUCCAAACGUAAUCGUUGGCGUCACAGCGAAUGCGAGAGCGGGUCAGAUUGCCAUGGCGAUGGAGGCGGGUAUGGAUACUGUUAUACCGAAGCCAUUCAGGGUGCAAGAGAUUCUGGCGGUAAUUGGCGGGAUGGUGGGUUGA